UUAAAUAUUACGUGCUUUAAACCUUAAAUAUGCAUCAAACUUAUAAAUAUUACGUGCUUUAAACUUUCAUAUAUUAAGUAUAUCAAACAUACCUCAUGGGAAUUUGUAAAAAACACGUACUAGGAGGCGUCCCGGGAUACAAAGAAGAAUCAGAAGGUCUGGCUUAUACUUUGCACAGUGGCGAAGAGAACAAUAGAAGUUCUUUUAACACACCAAUUGUGAUUUUUCACGGUUUAGUCGACAAUAAAGAAAAUUGGAAAGGAAUUGCUACCUCUCUGGCAAAUACGUUAUCUACUAAGGUCUAUGCUGUUGACAUGCGAAAUCAUGGAGAUAGCCCGAAGAUGUCGACGAUUAACCACGAGGAUAAUAUCGAAGACUUGAAUAACUUUCUGCAGAAAAUUGGCGAACAAGUUAUCUUAAUUGGGCAUAAUUUUGGAGGAACGGCAGCUAUUGAUUUGGCUUUCAAGAGACCGCAACUGAUUAAACAAUUGAUAUUGAUUGAGGCAUCUCCAUUGAGAUAUCCAGAAAACGAAAUUAGUAGACUAGGCCUUAUUGUAUGUCAUAUGUUUCGAGCUAUGCUUUUCGUUAGAAAAACUAACUCUUUCAGAAAGGCUAGAGAGAUAUUUGAAGAAUAUUUUCAAGAUAAAAUAGAGAUUCCGGCACUUCGUGAUAUAAUUCUGUCGAAUCUACGAGAAGAUACUUUUGGUAUAAACUGGAAAGUAAAUUUGAAGGUGCUGGAAAUGUCUGUAUAUCUGGAUAAAAUUUUUGAGAAAAUCUAUCCUUUACACGGCGUUUAUCACGGUAGAACUUUAGUGAUCCACACCUCUACCUCUGAAUCAAUCGCAACGGAAGAAUACGGAAGUUUGAAGAAACAUUUUCCCAAUGCAUCUUUUAAAUGCAUAGAAAAUUGUAGCAAUUGGAUUCACUUGGACCAACCGGAUGAACUCUGCGAUAUUAUUUCUGAAUACGUUGCAAGUAUUUGACGGUCUGUAGAAGCAAGCAUCCAAAACAGAAUAUUCUAUAUACAAGACGAAUUACUAUCAUUGGAAUUUGUGCACCAACUAAGAAUGAAUCCCAUAAGG